AUGGACGACAUUAAGAGCAAAAGCGCCAGGGCAGCCAGUCAAGCAUGGAGAAGCAAGCCUCGCAAAUUCGCUCCAAAGUCAAGGCUAGGCUGUCGCACCUGUGAUGGCUAUGGUGAAAUGCCCUACGCUUUCAAGACCGACAUUGGAUCAAGCCAUUAUCAGGACGAGAACAUCGAUAUAGCAGAGGGCUGGGAUAAUUAUCACCCUCGCGCUACGAUCUGUGGGCAUCGGGCAAAACAAUGGCACGCAAAAUCCGACGACCUGAUUUCGCAUAACCUCGGGCCCCUCAUGGUCUUACCAGCCACUGGGCCAGCGCAAACAGAGGCAAUGGGUUUCUUCGAAUAUAUUUCGAUCAAACAUCUUAAUGAAUAUCGUCCCAACGAAACAUGGCGGAAGACUCUCAUGUUCUUCUCUCAAACAGUGCCAUCAGUGCGAUAUGCCGCCAUCGCAUUGGCCUUGGCCAACCGAAGCUACCUGGAUCGCAAUUCCAGAGACCGUUUGCCCCAACCUUCACCGAACAAAGAUGCGUUGUUUUACUAUAAUCGGGCCAUUCAGCUUCUCCUGAACCAAGAAUCUGGUGACAGCGACGAAACAACAGCAAUUACGCUUUUGGUCUGCUACCUCUUCACCUGCUUUGAUCAUCUGGCAGGCAACUACGUACAAGCAAUGAAGCACUUACGCGGAGGCGUAGAGCUCUCACGCAACAUCGAUAAGACUAUCCUGAACAACAAUACAUAUGAUACCUCAGCGGUUCGCACGCUUAUCUGCCAAGUUACAAGACAGAUCCGUCGUCUCGAUACGCAGGCUGCAACGUUCCUGGUCGAUUGGACUCCCGUUGAUGUCCAAGAGAGACUUAUGUCCAAUUUUCUGCCCUCUAACAACACCUUUGGGUCCCUUAACCAAGCCGCCGACCACCUCCAGAUCCUUGUCGCUCGUGUAAUGGGACUGCGCAAUGCGGAGCAGGAAAUGUACUUCACGGGUGAGAUGCUGCCGCCACCACCAUCAUCAAUUAGGGGUAAUAUUCUCAGGGAAUUGGAAACGUGGUCAAGCCUCUUCGAGAAGACUCUGCAACAAGGCAACUACCAUGAUACCGAUUCUGAAGCCUAUCCUCUAACAUCACUGCUGCGCCUACAAUACAUCAUCACAUGGACUCUCAUCAGUAGUUACGGGGCUGGCAGAGAAAUGGAAUAUGACAACUUCCUGCCCCAGUUCCAGCAAUGCGUAGCUUUGGCGGAUGAUCUAGCGGCAGCGCAUGAGCAGUAUUCGGGGUCGUUAAAGCCGACUUUUACACCAGAGAUUGGUGUCCUUCCCGUGCUUUACAUAAUUGGAGUCAAGUGCCGGCAUCCCGUCGUCCGACGAGAAGUCUUGAGUAUCUUACGGCGGCAAACGAUACGAGAGGCGAUUUGGGACAGCAUCUCUGUUGCCAGGAUAGUUGAGCGGGUAAUCGAGGUUGAAGAGGGUGGGCCUGAGAAGGAAGAAAUGAUACGGAGCAUGGAAGGAAUCGCUGUGUGGCAGAGAGUCGAGGCUUUAUCUUGGAUACAAGAGUCUGCGGUCAGAGUGGAUAUUACGUAUACGUUCUGCACACGGGAGGGGAUGCAUAAUGAGUCUCUCAUGGUAUAG